UAGUCCCAGUGAAGAUAGCAGUCAAGGUUGGAAGGCUGAGUUAAAUGUACAGUGUAGUGUUGACUGUGACAAGUGUUGCACAACCCAGCAGAAACAUCACAGCUGACUGCUGAGCAGAAUCAACUGUCUGCUGCACUAAAUAUUCUUAAUCUUUAAGAAGAUUGCGUCAUGUUGUGGCUGGGAAGCGACACACUGGAGUGGGCGAAGACUGAUCUGCUGAUCAUCUUGGCCAUCACUGCCUUGGUCAUCUACUCUCUGGUGCUGUUCUUCAAAAGGCAGCAGAAAGUGUGGUUGUUGGACCAGCUUCCAGGUCCCAGAGGUCUUCCAAUUCUGGGCAACUUACUCUUCCUCAAUGUGGAACCAUCAGAACUCUUCCAGAGACUCAUGAAAGUGGCAGGAAUGGGUGAAGUUGCCAGGAUGUGGCGGCUUCACAUUGCCUUACUGUUUUCUCAGCAGUGCCAGAACAGUGGAGGUAAGUGGCACUUUAUUCACAGGUUGGAUAUGGCAAUUUUUGCUAAAUAUAGCAGUAAGUGAAAAUGUAUUUGUUAU